CUGACUGGACGCUUGUUAAAUGUUUCUGUUCCGUAACUUUGUCGGUAAUGUCCACUACUAACUUAUCUUCUAUAAACAAACAACAUAUGUUCCAGAAAUAACCAUAAAUUUAAACUACACUUGAAAUUCUUUUUAAAUAGGAUUGUAAAAACUAUAAUGUUUGUGUUACCCAUAUUUCUAACGAUAAUACCGGAAUAAACGUAUACUAAACCAGUUUUUAAUUCUGUGCAUCAAGUGUUCUGUGUUGUGCUAAAAUUAAAUAUUUACUAACACUGGGACGAAAAAAGAACUGGUGACUUGAUAUGGUUAAUCGAACUAAAUCGGUGUCUAGAACUCCGCGUUAUAUGUGAUUUGUUUGAUAUCGAUUUAACAUAUUUUUGAUUAAUAUGCCCUCCAGAAAAAAAACAAACCUUUCUCAAACCUCAAGAAAUGCUAAGAGAGUGAGGCUACUGCGAUUACAAAAGAAAAGUAUAGAACGUGGGUUGUCUAGUGAUGGUGAGCAGCAUGUCAACUCUGGCAAAUCUGAAGAGUCGGUCAGUACUCAACCUGAGACUUCCAUCAGCCAGGUUGUGGACCCAAAAGACACCACCAGGUACCCGGAGAUGCCAAAGCGAGAAGCGUCCGCCCCCGUAAAGGGCAGGACCUACUCGAGGAGGGCGGCCAGCAAAGAAGCCCUAAAGCAAAUGCAUCUCAUUCUGGACGACGAGGCCGAAACACUCGAAGUGCGAGACGAUGAUGUUAUCCCCGUAGAUUUUCCCGCGCCCUCCCCACCCAAAAAAAAAUACAAACUGACCCACAGAAAAUCUUCAGAUGGAGACAGGGAAGUCCUGGUGUUCAAGAGUAUCACCAACCACAAUGUUGAGAACACCCUUGAUUUGGAAUGUUGGGUUGAACCUCUGUCGGAGGCACAAUUGGCCAGGAACAAAAAAAUUAACGAGGAGGCGACCGAAAUUGAAAAUAAAUUGACGUCUUUGUUGAGUAAUGUUAACUCAGAACUUAUUUACAAAGGGGAAUAUACUACAGCAUUAGGUUUAACAGAACAAAUAAAAAAGGCUUUACAAUCAACAGAAACCGCAAGUACCUCAACCACACCAUUAGUCAUCAACAGCAUUGUAGCUUCCCCUAGCCCAAGUUACCAGCUGCUGGUGGAUCCAAGACUGAGUCUAGUGAUGCCCACAUCAGUGUCAUGUACCACUCCAGCUACGUCAGUAACACCGUCGAAAGUGUUCCCGGCCAAAGUGCAGGUCACACCCACCCUACAACCGGCGACCUCGACCGGAGUUGGACGAGGCCGGGGAAGGCGUGUUGGGAGCACGACGCCGGUCUCCAGUCCUGGAAGUACCAAACCGACGCCGUCGACCUCCACUUUGACUCCAAUCACACCAGCAACCCGGACCACCAGGGGGGCCCAAUUGAAUACAGGCAAAAAACAGGGCAAAUGUGAGGUGGUGGGCUGCAUAAAAUCAGAGGCUCCAUUUCAUUCGUUCCCCCGAAAUUCGUUGCUGUGCAAACGCUGGAUAGAGGCCUGUGGCAAUCCAAAUUUGCACACAGACAGAGAUCUCAAAUCGAAAAAGGUGUGUCACAAGCAUUUUCCCGAGAGUUCCAUUUUCAAAUACGGGGGCAUCACGAAACACGCGUGUCCAAUAUUACAUUUGCCCGGUGCGAAAGCGCAGGCAACACCUGCGACUAAAAUGACGACCAGAAGCGGCCAAUCGCAAUUGAUCAUUGACAAUGUCCAAGUCGGAGCGUUGACCACGAAGCCGACGGAGGAGAACGUGGAGGGUGGCCUGGCGACCGGCUCCAAGAGCUCGAAAACCUUCAUGGACCACCUGAACUCGUCGUCGGCCGACUGUCGCGAAAUCGCCUUCAACAAGCUGCAGGGCAAGACGUUCCCCUCGCUGGUGGUGACGGCCAGGCCUCAGCUCAGCUCCGGCGAUCAGAACGCCGACCGUUCGAAACUCGACACGAAAGUCAAAUCAGUUCUGAUGCAUCCGCCUACUAAAUUUAUCGAAUGGUUGAUACAGCAGGGGUUGCUGAAGUCGGAGCAGAAGUGCUCGUUGCACAACACUCCGAUGAGCCUGGGGAUGUACAGUGACACCUCCAAUUUUCCUUACUCGGGUGGUUACGUGUGGAUUUCUGAGUGUUGUCCGCAGAAAUUCGUUUCUGUGUUCAACGGGUCACUGUUCGAAUGUUCCCCUCAUCCCCCCAUGGUACUACUUAAGUUGCUCUAUCACUGGGCCUGCCAGACCAAUAUACAAAAUGUUGUUCAGUGGGUCAAAGUGGACAAUUUGUACAUAAAAGGCGUGUACACGUGGCUGCGUUCCGUGUGCACAGUGGCAUUACACACUCAUUCAAAAAAACUGGGCGGUCCAGGCGUCAAAGUUGAAGUAGGAGUCAUAUCUUUGGGAACGACGUCGCAAGACGGCGCCCAACGUCAAGUCAAAGUUGAGGUAUUGGGCGUUCUGGAAACGCACACCAAUACACUUAGGUUGAGGGCGGUGGAACCGGUUACAGACGGCGAUAAGAAUUAUAGAAAGCGAUUUUAUAAAAUACUGGAGCCCAUAAUUCAGUGGGUACAUCCGUCCAGCACUAUUGUGGCUGAUUUGACUGUGGACAGGGCAACAAUGUACAGUAUGGGUUUUAAUCAUGUGGUACAGAAUGAAUACGGGACUGACAAUGCCGUUAUUAUGGAGUACUUACGUAGAAUAGUACCCAGAAUGUUUCAGAACACGUUAUCGUUACUGUCCAGACAAAUUAUUCAACAGUUUUUGGAUGAGUUGGUCUGGAGGGAAACGUACGGUUCUAACGCCACUAAAGCCUUUGAUAAUAUUAUUUUGCAUAUAGCUGAACUAACACGUCAAGAGUCGAAGAUGAUGCUCUUUAUGAGAUUGAAUAAGGUGUCAUUAAAUCCAUUUAAAAACUGGUCCUUAACAGGCAGUCAACCCGUAGUAUUACCUAAGACAGCUGAACCGCCAGUGCCACCUAAAAAGUUGGGCCGACCUAAGAAAUCGGACACAGUCAAGGCCGUAUCAACUGUGGUAGACGUAUCACGGCCUCCUAAAUCCAACUCGCCGGACAUUCCGGAGCAAUUAGUGCCAUUAGAAAAUUAUUACUACGGCACGAUAGAAGACUACAAUUAUCAUCCUCCAGCUAACUUCACCAUGAACGUGAAGUGUCCGUUUUGCAAGGAAGUGUUCAACAACAAUCUACAAUUGAUGAAUCACUUGUACAAACACGCACACAGCAUUUCAAUGGACGCCCAACUGUGUCGCUACUGUCUCACAAGCGUCCCCACUGCCAACGAUAUACUGAAGCACUUCAGCAACACCCACCCGUGCGAAACCAGAUUUAACAACGGGUUCGUGUGUCUGAUCUGCGAGACGCACUAUAUGAACCCCUUCAUCCUCGGCAAGCACAUGUCCAAGGAACACUGCCCCUCCGAGCUCCCGUACCAGUGUGGCACGUGCUCGUACAGGUGUUCCAACCACAAGCAAGUCAUCGAGCACUUCUACAAGGCGCACGACGGCGGCAACACAAUACAAUGUCCGUUCUGCCUGAAGGCCACCACCAUCUCCACCACCGGACGCAACGUGGUGCAGACGCUCAACUUCUUCAUCACGCAUCUGCAGCGCCACCAGAAGAAGCAGUACGCGAAACGGUGCGGUAAGUGCAACAUGUGGUUUAUCAGCAAGGAGGAGGUCAAGGAGCACCAGCAAAAGAUGCACACGUCGCAGCGCGGCAAGACCGGGCUGAUACCGUGGAUUGCGCCCAGGAACGGGGUGCUGGCGCCCAAAUCGAAGACUGAGAAGUAUCCGGGUGAUGCACAGGUCAUCAAUUUCAGCACGCUGUUCUUCAGCGCACCGAAAGGGGCCAAGUGCAAGGAGUGCAACUUGUCGCUGAACUCGUCCAAACAUUUUCCAUCCUUUGAGAGUUGCCAGAAUCCUAAUUGUCAAUACUCGACGUGUUGUGCCAAUGCGAUGGUAAAACACAAAGCGAAUUGUAGUAAGCAAACGGAAAUCGAAGCUGCGGAGGAACCCUUGCCUUACGAAAUGUUCUGCGUCUGUGGUUUUAGUAGUAAAGAUGGAAAUUGCCUUGCCAAACACUUAGCAAUAUGUGAAAGGAAAUCAGCAUAUCCAACGAUGAAAGAAGCCAAAUCUGCGUGUGUUACGCACAGUAUGCUUGAUGUGUUGGGUUUAGUGAGAAAACCGGAAGAAACAGUUAGCAGUGACAAGAAGAAAAUUGAUUCAAAGACGAGUAAAUCAAGAAUAGUGGAAGAAGUUGAUGACGCACUUUUGGCGGUUGUUAAAAAACCGAUAAUUGAACCCGAAAAGGUAAUUUGUCUGGACGAUGACGAAAACUCGGAGAGCGUAUCAGAGGAGGAAAAUAAACCGAAGGGCCAAAUCGUUGACAAAGAACCUGACGACAAGAGCAUCCAAAAAGAUGAUACUAAAUCAGUGGAUAAAGACCCUGUUAAUGAAUUAAUAGAAAAGAACAUCGUUGAUGAACCACAUGACAGUAACGUGGUUCAUGAGCCGGAUGCAAAAGAUGUCAUUAAUGAGGCGGAAGAAAAAAGUGCCGUCGAUAAAGCAUCAGAUAAAAUCUUAGAGGAGGAGGUGGAAGAUAAGAACGCAGAUGAAAAAGAGCAAAACGAAUCUGUUAACGGAAGUAAAACGAAAGAUUCUGUUGACUGUGUUGAUAAAACAGAAGAAAAAGACUCUGCAGUUGAAGAAAAAGACACUGUGGUUGAAGAAAAUGACAAUGUUGAGCAUCCUGAACUCAAAGAGUCCUCAAAGGAGGUUUCGGCAAAUAUGGAAUCAUCCACGGAGGAGGUAGAAUCAGAAAAUAAAAAUAAUAAAAAUAGCUCGGCAGAAAAUGAAUGUUCCAAUAAUACGGAACAUAUGGAGACAGUUGAACCUGAAUCUUUACUAGACAGUGGCAAUGUCACUGAAGUCAGUGCUAUGGAAACUGAAUAAUUAUUGUGUAAUUAUUUAGGUGAACAUUUUGUAUUUUAAGAAAUCUAAACAUUUGUUAAAUUAACAGAUUAUUUAUAUUAUGCCUUUGCGACAUAAAAAGUUGUUUUUGAAUAUAACGCAGAUUUUUUUGAUUUACAGUUAUUGUUUUUACUGUUUAUUGUUCCCAUAGCUUAUUGUUUUUAUUUUUAUAGCAACCCUAUAAUAUGUAUGAUAAUGUCAAUUCUUAUAUUUUGUAUUUCAACAUUUGUAAAAAGACAUUAUUUAAAAAAUAUAUAAAUUAUUAAAAUUAA